CACAUAUUCCCCAAAACCACUAUUUACAUUUCUACCCCGGGCCUGUCUUUUUCUCUCUCUAUUCCACUCCUUCAAAGUGGACUGUCUAUCCUUCUACCACCUUGCAAAAACAAGGAAACUAGAGAGAAAAGGAGAGAGAGCUCCCCAGAAGAGAAGACACACAACACACAAGCUCGGGAAGGAGAGAGAGAGAGAGAGCGAGCGCGCGCGCAAUGGAGCUCUUCCCUUCCCAGCCGGAUCUAUCCCUCCAGAUCGGUCUCCCCGCGAGUGCACACGGCCACGAUCACCACCGGGCCAUGGGGGGGAGGUUCUUCGGCCCCUCGAGUAAUAGCAACAUCGGCGGGAACCCGGCCAUGGCUGCGUCGUUGCAGCUUCCGUUUCCCAUGCCGCCUAUGCCUCUGCCGCCCCACCACGCCGCCGCGCCGUGGCACGGCGGCCUGUAUUACCAUCACCACCCCGUCCCCGACGGCGGCAUGCUGCGGCCCAUACGGGGCGUGCCGCUCUACCCGACGCCGUUCCCGCCCCCGCCCCCGCCUCCGCACGGCGGCCCCUCAGCCGCGGCCACCGCGCCGUGUUACUGCGACCCGUGCCACGUCGCCGGAGCUUGGCGCCGCGGCGUCGGUGGGUGUGGUGCGCGCCUCGUCGGCUUCCCGGCGCCGAAGCGCGCAGCACGCGCGCCUCGCAUGCGGUGGACGUCCUCGCUCCACUCCCGCUUUGUCCACGCCGUGGAGCUUCUCGGCGGCCACGAGAGGGCGACGCCAAAGUCAGUUCUUGAACUCAUGGAUGUGAAGGAUCUCACCCUAGCUCAUGUGAAAUCUCACUUGCAGAUGUACAGGACUGUGAAGAAUACCGAAAGGCCGGCAGCUUCGUCAGAUCAGGUUGAUGGCUUCGAGAACGGGUCGGCUGGCGAGAUCUGCGACGACAACUUGCUUGACCUGCGAGGCGGCGGUAGGCCGGAGGCAGUGGCAGCGGCCACACGGAAUGGAAGGUUAGCUGCAAACGACGAUGACAGGAGCAUCGGCGCCGGUGCCACUCAUGGUGGUGCCGUGUGGAAUAGCUCCUCAAGGGAGGAGGAUUGGUCAGGCUUUCCUUGCGAUUCCAACAACGAAAGCAUGCAAUCUUUCAAGGAUCAUAUGCAGUCCAAGAGCCUAGAAAUCCUAUCAGACAUGAACUCCUGCCUGUCAGAGACGACGUCCAGCGCAAGCGCGCCGAACCUUGACUUCACCCUAGGGCGGCCGCACCAACGCCGGAGCUGAAGAGCUGUCGGCGUCAACUGUAGCCUGAUCGAUCCAUCGCCGUCGGCAAGAAUUCAGCGUUGCUAUACACACGACACAUUUGUGCCCGACGGCUGCACGAUCUAACGUGGCAGCACCAGCAGCAAACAUGCACGCUUCAGGCAAUUAUUUUUUUCAAAGCUGCUGCCUUAGCGCUGUUGAGAAGGAAACUGUCGUCUGUAGAUCGUGCAGUUCGUAUCGUGCAUGAAGCAAUUUCGAAACUAGAGUUACUUUAGUUAAUUUAUCAUUAGGAUGGCCCCAAUACCAUCUUUGGCUGUUGAAAGGUGGGUGUCGGACAGCAGGGGAAAGGAGGAGCUAAAGAUAGGUAGGGGUACCUAGGUCGAUCUCCAAUGAAAAGCAAGCGUUUUCUAGUGGAAAUGUGUCUCAUGUUUAGGGCAAUCAAAAGGGCUCUUCUUCUUCUUUCUGUAGUGGUAAAAUUGAGCUGUACUAGUAGCCAGACAGUUAGGGAAGAAACGAAUUAAAGGGUGUGAAUCA